GAGCGAACUGAGGAGAAGUGAGGAGGCGGCGGCGGGGCUGAGACUCACCAGCCACAGGCGGCGGCAGCGGGAGGGCGGGCGGGCGGGAGGCGGAGAGGACACACCAAGCGCAGCGCGGCGGCAACAACAGCGGAGAGACACCGGCGGCGGCUCCUCGGCAGCGGCAGCCUCGCCAGCAGCGCCCGCCCGCCCCGCUCGCUCCCCUCCCUCCGUCCCUCCCUCCCCCGCCGCGGAGACAGGGGGCAGCGCCGAGGAGAGAAGCCGGGCUCAGCGUGUGUGUGUGCGCGGGAGGAGGAGGAGGGGGACACACCGAGGACUGCGCCGGCCGAGGGCGCACGGAGCAGGGAAGCGGCCCCGGCGGCAGCACCGAGAGGCGGCGGCUGCGGGUCCUUGUGCCCGGGGAGGAGGGCGCAGCCCGCGAGGGGGUUUCUGUCGAGUUUCCUCUUUUUUGUUUUUUUUCUUUAUUUUUUUCCCCGGUCCCUUGGACUCGGCGGCGGGCUUGCGUUGCUCUCCGGAUUUGAAUCCUCCUCCUCCUCCUCCUUCCUCGGGGAAGCUCCCCUCCCCGCCCCCUCCCCUCCCCCACCGCCUCCCUGCCCGCCCGGAUCCAGCCGGGCGCCCCGUGCCGCGGUCGCGUUGCUCGGCGGAGCUGGUGCGGGCGCUCGCCGUCUCUGCGCGCGUUUGGAAUAUGGUUGGGGAAAUGGAAACCAAGGAGAAGCCGAAGCCGAGCCCCGAUUACCUGAUGCAGCUCAUGAACGACAAGAAGCUGAUGAGCAGCCUCCCCAACUUCUGUGGGAUCUUCAACCACCUCGAGAGGCUGCUGGACGAAGAAAUUAGCAGAGUACGGAAAGACAUGUAUAACGACACAUUAAAUGGUAGUACGGAGAAGAGAAGUGCAGAAUUACCAGAUGCUGUGGGACCUAUUGUACAGUUACAAGAGAAACUAUAUGUGCCUGUAAAAGAAUAUCCAGAUUUUAACUUUGUUGGAAGAAUCCUUGGACCCAGAGGACUAACGGCUAAACAGCUUGAGGCAGAAACAGGAUGCAAGAUAAUGGUCCGAGGGAAAGGCUCAAUGAGGGACAAAAAAAAGGUCUCCUUUAAGAGCAGAGACAACCAUGAUCCAGCAGUUUUGGAGGUAGAGGAAGAACAGAACCGAGGCAAACCCAACUGGGAGCACCUGAAUGAAGAUUUGCAUGUACUUAUCACUGUGGAGGAUGCUCAAAACAGAGCAGAAAUAAAACUGAAGAGGGCUGUUGAAGAAGUUAAAAAGUUACUGAUACCUGCAGCAGAAGGAGAAGACAGCCUUAAAAAGAUGCAACUGAUGGAGCUUGCAAUUCUGAAUGGCACUUACAGAGAUGCCAACAUCAAAUCACCAGCCCUUGCCUUUUCUCUUGCAGCAACAGCCCAGGCUCCAAGGAUUAUUACUGGGCCUGCGCCUGUUCUCCCACCAGCUGCCCUGCGUACCCCUACGCCAGCUGGCCCUACCAUAAUGCCUUUGAUCAGACAAAUACAAACCGCUGUCAUGCCAAACGGAACUCCUCAUCCGACCGCUGCAAUAGUUCCACCAGGACCCGAAGCUGGUUUAAUUUACACACCAUACGAAUACCCCUACACGCUGGCACCAGCUACAUCAAUCCUUGAGUAUCCUAUUGAACCUAGUGGUGUAUUAGGUGCGGUGGCUACUAAAGUUCGAAGGCACGAUAUGCGUGUCCAUCCUUACCAAAGGAUUGUGACCGCAGACCGAGCCGCCACCGGCAACUAACCUAUGACCUUCUGACCUCUGAACUCUUCACCCAAUGAUGACCUGACCAUGCCUGCCUGCUGAUCAGUUAACUGGUAAUCGCCUUUGCUUGCCUGUCUUCAGUGCAGCGAGCGGGGGCACUUGUCCGUUCGUCUUACCAUCUAACAAAAAAAGACAGAGAAAUUGUUGUCCUCCAACUCCGCUUUUUUUUUCCCCCCUCCUGUUUGGGUGAAAGUGGUUCUAGAACCUGCACUGAAUAGUAGUAAAGCAAUAAGGUCCAAUUCAUCCCUCAGCACUGACCAUCCUCCAGUGUCCCACCCGAAGCGAACGGUAAGAAGGCCUCGCCAGAGACGGAGACAGCUGUCCCUUAGCUACCCGAUGACAGAGGCAGUUACUGUGAGAGACUUCUAGGAAUAUUUUUCUUCUCAAAAAGAAGUCCGAGCUCUCUCUGAAUGUACUGUGUGAUGAUGCAUCAUGCAUGAACCUUUGGUCAGGGAUGUCAUUGGUGAAGGGAUUCCAAAAAGUAUUCAAAAUUUGAUACGCUGUUUAGUCACUACCGGUGCCCUCAAAGGGCAGAAGUUGCAGCCUUUUUUCUAUCGCCUGCCAAAUUGGAUCUUUUAAAAGAGAGCGUGUCAUGAAAUAUAGAUCGCAAUGACUUUUCAGAACUAUGUUAAUGCAGAGAACAAAACAGCAACACUAUUAAAGCAAAAUCUGAGUUUAAAUUAUUUUAACCAUACUUUAAUCUCCUCGGAAGAUUACAUGAGAACAAGGUACAUGCAUUAUGUGUCACAUUACUGGGCAAACUGUUCAAAUAUUUUUUUUAAACCUCCCUGUAUAGAAAAAUUUCAUUAAGGAUGUAAAAGCCAUGCUUGCCUAUUUGCUGUAUACAUGUAAUGAAAUUGUAGAUAAAGUGUAGUGCAUUGAAACAAAAUGAACAAAAAAGUAGAUACUUUUACUAUACAAGGGUGCUGGUGCAGAAAAAAAUAUAUUUUUGGAAAUGUAGCAUUUUAUACUUUCAAGUGUUAUAAAAAAAAAGAAAAAAAGAACAAAGAAACCCUUUAUUUCAUUAAAUGAUUUUUUCUGGUGGUUGUCAAGAAACAAAAGACCAAAAGAGCCUUUUAGUCUUUCUUUUUUAUUUUUUAAGUAUUGGAAUAAGUCUAAAGAAAAGGAAGUGCCUUAUUUUCUUCAUGGUCAUUUAGUCAAAUGUCUUGUAUAAUCAGCUUCUCCCUCAGACAAGUUACUGCAUGCCACUCAGUCGCCCAGUAUGUGAAAAGAAGCUGUGAGGAAAGACAAAUGAUGAGUUGACCAUAUUAAUUACCUGAUUUUUGCCAUAUUAGUGUGACGUGACUUUGCCAAAAUCUCAUUACAUAAAACAUUUUAUAAUUUUUGUCAAAACCAGCCCAUUGUUAUUUCAACAACUCUACUUUUACGUCAUAGCUAAUACAGUCCUUGUGCAACAUAAACCAAAGGGUUCCGUGAUACAGACUGUCUCAUAUUCUAAAAUAGAGUAUUAGCUGGGAAAUGUUUGUAGAGAUGGAAGUAUUUUCAUUAUUGUUCAGGGGUGGAGGGGAAUUUUCUUGACUUUGGUUCAAGUAGAUAUACAUCAAGUUGGAACAGAUAUACAUCAAGUAUAGUAGGCUUCAGAGUCACCCAUAAAAAUUAUGUUCUGUGGAUAAUGAAAUUGAACGUACUUAACUGGUUUUCAGUUACAGCCUGAGCAUGCCCCCAGUUUACAUAAGCAGCUCCUGAAGCCUCAAAUAGUAUGCAGGUUAUUUGUUUUUCAGCUCCUGUUUGAUUAAUGUUAGAUCUGCCUGCUGGCUUUUUCUUCAUAAUUAUAUAAGCAAAAGAGGCACAUCAGUUGACUGAAGUCCAGCUAUACUGAGUUUUUAACCUUUGUUUCCACAUGAUCUUCAUACAGCUGGGUAGUUGCAAGAGUUGAAGCUGUUGAACGCACAGUGUUUAGUUCUAGAAACAUUAAGUAUUAGUUUGUGUGGGGCUCUACUAAACUUGGCAAAUAUCAGGUGAUAAUUUUAUUCCCCUUCUUGUCAACUUAUUCUCCUCCUGCAGAUCUUCACAGCUUCCAAAUGAAAGGUCAAUAGUAAGCUAAGAGGGCUUACAUUUUAAGCACCUGCAUGGUGAUCUCAUCUAACAUCUUGUCUCACCUGGAAAUAAUUAUCAGUUUAUUUACUAUGCAAUAGACAUUCAUCCUUUCAUAUUCAGCUAGCUUUUUGUUUAUUGUGCCACUUGCUUUGUCUUCCUGUUACACAUACAGUUGUGUUGAUUUUACUUACAAUAUAUGCUGUGCCAUUUUGAAUUUUUUUGGUUGGUUUGUUUAAUAAACUUGCGACACUCAAACAUUUGAAGAGAGAUUUGCUAAAACAAUACCAGUAUUUGAUCCAGUUUCAUCUCAGCUAUGAUAAAACCUGGACAUUUUAGAUGUUUAUCAAAGGUCUUUUAUGGGGGGGAGGGAAGUGUAUGAAAUAGAUGUGUGACAUGUGAAAGUAAUGUUUGCUCUGAACAAACUUCUGAAAACUUAGUUGACAAAAUUUUGGAUCAACUUAAGAAAAAAAAAAAGCAUGACUUUUGAAAUCUCUGAAUGCCUUGGUUCUCAGUAUUAUCAUUCUUUAAUGACUUUUUCUUUAUUAAAAUAAGUAGUUUUAAGACUUCUUUCUGACAGUAUUAUGUAAUUUUUUUUUUUAGAGUGGGUAGAUGGGAGUGUCGCUUGUAUGUAACCGUACAGAUGACAUGUAUUUGUCUAUUCUUUAUUAUCUUAGUAGUUUCAUGCUAUGUAUGUACCAUAACCAACCUAUUGCCUAUGAGAAACAUGUAAGAUAAUGUAUUUACAGCCAUUGUUACAAGUUUAUAAUGUAUUUUUCUAUCUUGUUUUAUAUGUAUGUUAUAUAACAUUCAAAAGAAUUUUUUUCCUGAUUGAGAAAAAAGGAUACAAAAAUGCAAAACCCACAAUUUUGAUAACUGAAAAAUUGCCAAUUGUUUUGCAGUACUUUAUUAUAUUGGGAGUGUUGUCUUUCUUGGGCUUUUAGUUAGCUACUGGAUGAAUACAUUAGACAUAUUUGGGUUUUAGUUGGGUUUUUACAUAGCUUGCAUUUUAAUUCUUUGGUUCUUUGCUGUUUCUAUUAACCCAUAGCAUUAUUUUAAUAAAUGUUAUAAUACCAACCUACUAACUCUGGACUAUGUCUGUUUAUUAACCAUUACAUGUUUAAUUAAAACAAACAAACAAAGACGGAAGAAUGUAGUCUUGAGUUACUGGACUAACCCUGAAGAACGUGACCACAGAUAACACAACGUGACUUGUUUUUAUGUUGUUUGUCGGCUGACAUUCUGCACACUACUAUUAAGAUGGCUUUGGUCAUUCUGGCCUUUUACCUUGGGGAAUAGGUGCCAGUAGAAAUGGGAACAAAAUAGCAUUUUUUUGAGGCAUUCUUCUUGUAGAGUCUUGCCACUUGCCUUUCAGCAUCUGCAUUACUAAUUCCACACUUUCUUUUUCUUUCUCUAAAAUAAUUACUGUCAGCUCACAGCAAAAGAGCAAAGAUGCCAGUGUAUUGGUAAAUCAUGUGAUGAUGUACAGAAAAAACCAGUUUGAUUCUUUGUUGAACCAUUCAGAGGUUGCAGUGAUUUGUUGUUUUUGGCACCUGAUUCACUGUUGCAUCGUGUGACAUUGCUAAGCACGAAAUACUUAUAGAUAUAAUUACAGUAUAUUUGAAAUACAAAAUUGGGGGAGGGGAGUUUCUAUGCUGAAUGCCUUAUUUCAUUCAUGCCAUGCUAUUUUUAUGUAAUUUUUUUGUACCUCUGCUAUAUUCUAUCAGUAUUGCUUAGCUCAGGGGAGUACAGUUUCUGUAAGCCAAAGGUCAGACUGGAUUAUUUCUAAUGACUGUAGAAGGUACAAAAAUACACCUUUCACUAGAUUACCAAGCAAUAGCUAUUUCAAAUUCCAGGGCUGCCUUUGUAUGAUCUUUAUCCCUGUAGAUAACUGUAGCAACGUGAAUGCAGGGAAUUGAAAUGGUGAAAAUGCUGGAAUAAAUUAGGUAUGUUUUAAAUAUACAUCUAUACAAAUUAUUUUUAUGGAAACAUUUCUGUUUCUUAAAGAUUCUCUUUUCUGAGGCUUCUUUACGUAGCCUAGGUUGUCCUCCUAGAUUUGUGAUCUUAAAUAGACAAUAGUUACAGCUAAUGCCUAGGAUGAUCCAUGACAUACAUCACUUUUUCAAAUAUCAACGGUUAACUUUUGAAACCCUGAUUUUUUUCCCCCCAGGUAUUAAAAAUUCAGAUGAGGAAUCUUUGCAUCUGUUCAAAGCCCUUCUUUAAUUUAUGCAAAGCUUGUACUUUGAAAUAAUUUGUGAUACAAAAUUUAAAUUUUAAAAUGUUCUCAUGACAUUGAUAUUAAUUACAGUAAAAUGCAUCUUCAUUUGAUGGAGGAAAAAAUAGGUUAGCACUGAUGAAAAUAUUUGUUAGUUUUUUUUAAUAGCAUGUGAAUAUUUAUUUUACAAAAAUGUAUAAGUACUGUUGAAAUAUCCAUUUAGAAUAGCUUCACUUGUAAAGAAAUAUUUUUUUUAAUUUAACGUUACUAUUCUAGAAGUCAGUGGUAGGUAGGUGAUGAAAAAACUACAUCAGUUACAAUGGAUAACAUCAGGAUCUUUUCAUUAGGUUAAGGCACAAUCAUGAUUUUAGAGCUAACAAUUUAUAUACUUAAAAUAUUUUUUGAAGAGGCAUGAGUUUAAACUCUUUGAGGUACUCUCUAGUUUAAGUGAGACUUUCUGGACAGGACAGAAACUAUUAGUGUUUUUAUAUUGAAAAAUACCUCUAUUCCCAGAACUACAUUUUUUUGUAAUAUUCUUAUUUUUUACAUUUUUAUUAAACAUGAACUACUGUCAUACUUUGUCUGCAGUGCAUUUUCAUCUCAUUCUUCAUCAUCUGAAGUAGUGAAAGUUGCCCUAAAUUUUGAAGUACUUUAAAGCUAAAGGAAAUCAAAAAAACGAAAACUCUAAUCAAAAUUUUAUACUGAUCACUGUUGAUUAUUAAACACAUUUCUGUUUACCUAAGCAGUUAUCUUGAGUAUUUGACUACUUUGCUUAUAGGAAAGAAACAGCUUAUUUUUAGAACUUAAUUUGAGAGUAGCUUCAACAUUGCUACAUCAUUGAAGAUAGGUUGUUCUUUAUUGUGGAGUUUAAUUGUUUUAACAUUUGAAAGAUCAUACAUCCAAAUCAAUUAUGCAGUUGGUGUUUCAGCCAGUAAAGUGGAAUUACCUUAGGUAAACCUAUUUUUUUUUCAAUAGGUCAAAAUAUAAAUAAAAACACCACAGUGUCUUUCAAAUAAAAUCUGAGCAAUGCUAUUCAGUUCUUAAAUAUGAAUGAUUGUACCAAAAUACAAUGAAUUUGGUUUCCUAGCAGUAUUUCUGCUCAUGGAUUAUAUCUCAUAAAGAGUUUUCAGGGACAGCUUUCAAAUAUUUUUAAUGAACAUAUGUUCGGUAUGUACUAUACUGUAUUAAUAAUCUAUUUAAACAGAUAUUUUAAAAGAAUGUAAAAAUCUGUGUAUGGUUAAUAGUUUAUUCCUAGAUGGUACUCUUUUAAUUGAUAGGAACCACUAAAAGGUUUUCUGCAUUGAAAAUGCAGGGAAACACUGAAGUGUGUUGCUAUCCACUAAGUAAUUAUUUUAACUUGAGGGAAAGAUGCAAGUAUUUGAAACUUUCCUUUGUUUCUGGAUAACAAAACAACGUCAUAAAUAGUACAUGGUACAAAAUGAAAUCCAAGGAACACAUUCCUAGUGUUUAAGUACAUAAUUAUCAUUACUGGAAUUUCUGUUUUGUUUUUAAUACAUUUGACAUAUUUUUCUAAAACACUAUUAAUGAAAUACUAUUCAAAUAGCGUAUGUACCAUAACAUUGACACAUGGUAAUCAAUGUUGAAUCAAACUGGUUAACAAAAGUGCAGUGCUCUUUCUAUGUGCCUACUCACUAAUUGCAGGUGGUAAGGUUCUGUACAGGAGGUGGGUGUUAGGCACAGCAGGUGGUUACUUGCAGCAAUAACAUCUUGAUGCCAGCAGCUCUGAUGUCCACCUUUGACAACAGAUUAACUGGGAGGAAUCUGACUCCCACAGCAAAGUUUAACUGAGAUCUGAAACUCUUAGAAGAAUUAAUAGAAGAAGCACACACACGCACACACACGCACACCUCCUUUGACUUGUAUUAUGGCGGUUUGUGUGAAACAUUUAAGGUUUUGUAUGUGCAAAAUAAUGUAUUCUGAGGGGGAAAAAACAUGGACGUUGCCAAAACACAUGUAAAUAAAACACCAAUUAUGACUGUACAUGAUGUGCAAUAAAAUAACUGGAAAAAGUGCAUGUACUUUAUCCUCAAAAGCCAACUGACAGCUCUCAAUGCUGCAGCUAUAGUUUUAUUUUCUGAAAAGUUAAAUUUUAUUCUGUAUCUAAGCAACAGAAUAAAGAAUGUAAAUUUUUCUCACUUCAACUUUCAUUAAUGCUUGUAGCACUGUUGUAAAAGAUUUUAUUUGUUGAAGAAAUUUAAGUUUUCAUAGUUAUUUGAUUAUCGGGAUUUUUUUACUUAGUAUUUGCUUAUUGUAUAUGCUAUGUUGCCUAUCAUUAGAAAUGAACUGAAUAAUGCAUUACAUACCAUAAAAUUAUUGUAUUUUGUAAGCUUCUUGGAGAUGACCAAGUAAUUAUGAUGAUGAUGUAGUUCUAUAAGAAUCACUAUUACUACUGUUAGAGCAAAUGAGGAAAAAACUAUAGUAGAGCAAACACUAUUUUUUUCUGUUUACUAUUGAAAAUGAAGAUAAUAAUUUGCCACCUUAGCUAAUAUGAAUCUAGUAAAGAAACGCACCUCAGAGAGGAAAUAGAUUACUGUGUUUUAACAUUUCUUUUGAUUUAAUAUGUAUGUUAUAACAUCUGUUUAUAGUUUGAGGGAAUUCAUUAUAGAAAAGGGAUUUUUUUUUACUUUUAAAAAAUCAUUCUUUAAAUGAAAAUUUGUGUACUUCACAAGUAACAACACAACAAAUAAGGUUGAAUGAGAUGUCUGUAGGAAGCUGGGAAAAUAGGAGAAAGAAGGCUAAAUAGCAGUGUCUCAGUACGCUUCCUUUUCUGCAUUGUUCUAGGAAGGAAAGAAAAAUUUGGUGUAAUUAGCAUUUAAAGUUUUUUCAUGAUGAAUCUAUACAGUGUGCUGCAUAGCGAUAUCUGAGCAUAUCUUGCUAGUUCAUAGCAGUAAAAAUGCGGAGCCAUAUCUGGAUGUAUGCCACUUGAGGAAGUAAAGCAGCCCUCGAUAUCUUCACUAUUAUUCUGGAUGCAAACUCAAGUAUACCUGCACACUGCAGUAAGGCCUAGCUGAAGUGUUGGCACAUCCUCACUAACUGCAUUUUCUUGGGCUGUUGAGAAUAUAUGCACUGUACAAACCCACUCCUUACUCCAUUCUGAUCCUCAGCAAAUAGAGUUAUGACCAUCUUCCUCUUGCACCAAGAGAAUUUACUCAGUAAUAUCUACCUUUGAUUAUAUUCACGGUAGGUAUUGUAUUUGUUGUUCUACAAAUUAAAGGUAGAUGUGGAAAUUAAUGACUAGAAAUUUUCUAUCCACAGACUUUGUUGCUUAUACCAGUGCUUUCUGCAUACAUGUUUUUGGUGUGUUUAUAGCUGGUGGCUAAACUUCACUAGAUUUCUCCUGAAAGCUAUUACUACAGUUACUGUACUUCUCUGAGAAAAUGCACCAAACUUAGCCAUUGUCUGCCUAAGUAAGGAGAGAGAUUAAUAUCAAAGAGUGUAAAAUGCACUGUCUGAAAUGAUUGUCUUUCAGUUUGCUGUUCAGGUCUACCAACAACAGUAUGAUAAGGUAUUAUCUAGUGCUUUCUCAGUAUCCCUAUCAAGAUCUCAGACAGUCAAAAAUAGACUAUUGACAGUACCAGUACCUGUUGAGCUGAUUUCUCCUUAAAAAUUAUCAACCACGAUAAGCCAGUAACUCCCCAAAUUAUACAUCUUUCUUUUAAGUCUUUAAAGGAAUAAAUAAAGCAGAAAGAAAUAUUAUUAUAAAACAAUGUAGCUUAUAUUUGCCUUGAAUUUGUGGUGUUGUAUUUUUGGUGUUUUAUCUUUAGUGACAAACAACGACUACUAUGAGGAGCAAGCUGGGUAGCUUGGGAGGUGAAGCUCAAGGAAAAAAAAGAAUUACAGCACAUUUCUCAAUGUGUCACUUGGGCAACUCAUCAAUAAGUAAAGAUGCUUUCUCUGGAUUUUAUAUAUAUAUGUAAAUCCCGUAUGCAAAAAAGAAACAAAGCAGAGCAAUGGUUUUGACUACUGGGAUCUUUUUAGAACAAAUUAUGUUGAUUUUUCAGUUAGUCGAGGGUGGCCUUUCUGAAACAGGUGGUACUUCCUCUAUCUGAAGCUAAGAAGAUCCCACUUCCUCUAUCCAUAGGUCGGUCAUUUAACAAGCAAUUGACUCCACCUGGCUUCUGGUUUGCUUUCAUAGUCUCUUAAAUUAUGAAAAUGAAACCCUUUUGUCUUUUGUAUACAAGAAUGUUUGUAUAAUGAACGGUAUUUCAGUCUCUGCCUUGAAGGGUAGUGUUUUAAAGGGAUAUUUUUUAUUUGAAGUUAUUGCAAUAAAAGGUUAAAUAAACAGGAAUAUUAUGGGAAAUGUAUUACAAUACAAUAAAGAUAUUAGGAUCACUUAA